AUGAUGGCGGCCGAGAAUAGCAGACUGGAUCUUCAGCGACAAAGAAUUACAGUGGGAUUACUUACAGUCAGUGACAGCUGUUUCACAAAAAAGGCCCAUGACAAGAGUGGAAAUAACCUGCGGUCCCUCAUUGAUGAGCAACAGAUCAUACCUGGUGUUGUUGAAGUACAACAAGUUGUUCCUGAUGAAUUACAUCAGAUUAAGGACAUUCUCAAAGAUUGGUGUGAUAAUUUACGACUUGACAUAAUUUUAACCACUGGAGGAACAGGUUUUGCACAUCGUGAUGUUACACCAGAGGCCACCAAACUGAUUAUUGAGAAAGAAGCUCCUGGUUUUGCUUUAACUAUGAUUCAGAAGUCUCUGGAAAUAACACCAAUGGCUAUUCUGUCCCGAUUAGUAUGUGGAAUACGAGGCAAGACAUUAAUCUUAAAUUUACCUGGAAGCAAAAAGGCUUCUCAGGAAUGUUUAACAUUUGUCACUGAUGUGAUUCCACAUGCUGUCAGUUUGAUAAAAGAUGAUCAAAAAGAAAUUAUUGCUACUCACCAACAAAUUCAGAACCAAGUUAUUCAACAUGACAAGGAAGAGUCUAGUGGUCCCAGUAUUAUAUUACCAUCAAACAUUGGUAUUCAGGAUAAACUAUGUGUGAACCAGCCAACACCACCUCAUAACUACCGCAUUUAUCAUGACUCGCAACAACCAUCAAACCAGAAUUUACACAACUACAUAGACCUUUCUCAUAUGCACUGUGCAAAUGAAAGUCAGGUGGAUGCUAGCCGUGUAGCCUAUAGGGCACGUCAGUCACCAUAUAAAAUGAUUACUGUUGAGGAUGCAGUCAGCAUUGUUCUCAGAGAAACUCCUAUGUUGGAAACAGAAAUCCUCAAAUAUUCUGAUUGUCUUGGACGUUAUUUAGCUGAAGAUGUAUUUGCAAAAGAACCUUUGCCUCCAUUUCCUGCUUCUAUUAAAGAUGGGUAUGCUGUGUUAUCCAAAGACGGUACUAAAAAUAGACAUGUUAUUGGACAAACUACUGCUGGAAAUAUACCUCAGACUCGUGUCCAGUCAGGCUAUUGUAUGCGAAUUGCAACUGGUGCUCCUGUACCAAUAGGUGCUGAUGCAGUCAUACAAGUUGAAGAUACUGUUCUUCUUCAACAGACUGAUGAUGGUAAAGAAGAAGUAGAAAUUAGCAUUACAAAGCCUCCUUCUGUUGGUCAAGAUAUCAGGCCUGUUGGGUCAGACAUUCCACAGGGGGAAAAAGUUCUCAAGAGAAACCAGUAUUUAGGACCUUCUGAAGUGGGUUUGUUAGCCACAGUAGGUGUUUUUAAAGUCAAGUGUUUCAAAAAACCAACAAUUGCUGUAUUAUCCACUGGAAAUGAGUUGGUUGAACCAGGAGAUAGUUUGAGUCAAGGCAAAAUACAUGAUAGUAAUAGAUCAGCUUUACUUGCCCUUUUCAAAGAGCACAACUUUUCUACCAUUGAUCUUGGCAUUGCUGAAGAUAGCCCAGAUACUUUAUUUACAAAACUGGCAAUGGCAAUUUCUGAAGCUGAUGUUGUUGUUACAUCAGGUGGUGUGUCCAUGGGGGAAAAGGUUUGUGCAUUAACUUAUUCUUAG